AAAGAGGCUAAAGCCAAAAUAAACAACAUAGAAGGGCUUCUCCAUAAUAUUGACCAAAAGAUAUUAAAGCUACCUUGAUUAAUCAUAAGUGCCACCAAUAAAAGCCAUCUCAACUCUUGGCCUAUCCCAAUUAUAUUCCAAUUAACAAUACAUACCAAUNAAAAAAAAAAAAAAAAAAAAAAAGAAGGUAAUAAAAAAGAAGGUAGCUUAUGAAGUUGAAACUCAAUACCCUUUUUACUGCAUGCAUGUGUAUGUGGCUCUCAUCCAUUCCUCACUCCUUCACCUUCCCCACUCCUUUUUGGUCCAAACUUUAAAAAAGCCAAAAACCCCUCUCUCUCUCUCUAAACUCCUUUCCUAAUGUUGAGUGAUCAAAGAGCUCUAGUACCCACCUCAACCAGCUCAAGCAACAAUCUUCUACAGUACCUCGAUGAGCCCGAGCCCGAUCAAUCUCCGGCCAUCCGGGAAAUCCACGCCCUAACACCACCGCCGCCGCCUCCGGCAGCCUCUGCCGGCCGGUCCCCGGCCAUCUCCACGUCAUCGACCGAGAACUUCUCGAGCAUGAGCCGAGAGUUCAACGCCCUCGUCCUUGCUGGGUCCGCCAUAGGCGGUGGGCCCCGCGAGCUCGACAAUAUACGCGAGGAGAGGGAAGAAGAGACCUACAACAACCCCUUAGCCAUCGUGCCAGACAGCAGCAAUCCAGUGGUGGGGCCCACGCGGGAAGUCUCGUCGAUGCAGAGAGUGAAGAAGGAAGAGGUGGAGACGAAGAUAGGCGCGUGGCAGAACGCGAAAAUUGCGAAGAUCAAUAACCGGUUCAAACGGGAGGAUGUGGUGAUCAACGGCUGGGAAGAGGAGCAGGUUCAGAAGGCCAAUACCUGGAUGAAGAAAGUCGAGAGUGGUUCAUGCUUUUAUGUUCAACAGCAUUUGAUUCCCAAAGUUUUAACCAUAAGAAUAGAUCCCUUGAGAAAGCUUGAGGAGAAAAGAGCAAAAGCGCUCGAGAAAAUGCAAAACGACAUUGCGAAAGCUCACAGAAAAGCAGAGGAAAGAAGGGCAUCUGCCGAGGCCAAGAGGGGCACGAAAGUCGCCAGAGUCUUGGAAGUUGCGAAUUUGAUGAGGGCCGUUGGCCGGGCCCCGGUCAAGCGAUCAUUCUUUUGAGCUAUAUAUAUAUAUAUACACUUGAAAUAUUUUAGUUCCCAUGGAAAUAUUGUUUGCAAUGCCACAUAAAGUACAUGUGAACCAUCUCCCAAGUAUGAUGAGGUUUUCAUGAAUGAUUUAGCAAAAUGAGGUUUUGAGGGGUUUGCCUUUUUGAACCCUUUAAAAUGGUGUCAAUCUUUGUGUGCUAAGUGUGUCAUUUUGAGAGUUUGCAGAAGUUAGGGAAUUUGAGGGACUAAAUGUAUGUCCUUUCUUUCUAUAGAUUGUAAUUGAAGUAUGUCAGAAAUACUCUAUCCUGUAUUAUGAGGACAAGAGCAUUUGUUACAUAUGAUCUAUAUCACUUUAUGUGUGUGUACAUACAUAUCAUAUUCAUUUCUUAUUUUAAUGUUAUCAUUUUUUACUAGUCUUAUUUUUACAAGGGAAUUAUCAUUAUGGAGCCAAAUUGGUGUGUGUUGAUCAAUGGUAAAAAAUCCAGCGAGGGUUAAGCACGAAUUUUCUGAAGAAACACACACACACACGCACACAACUCGUAUUCUUUCUGGGAACUUUUGGAGAUCACAUGCUGAAGGAAUUAAUUUUAUUUUUUUUUUCUUUUUAGAUGACUUAAUCUGUUGAGG